UCAUUCAAAGAGGCGAGAUAUCAUUGGCUGUGCUGCUGAACGACGCAGACACGACUGCGGCUAUUAACCUUUCUGAGGUGCAGAACACAAGUAUCGCGCAUGCGUGAUCACGUGAACAUGGCGGAGGAAUUUGAACGUGCCGCCGCUGAAAUAAAAAACCUUCAAUCAAAGCCAACAGAUAUGGAGUUAUUAAAUCUGUACAGUCUGUACAAGCAGGCAACAGAGGGAGACAUUAAUCGAGAUCGACCGGGCAUGUUCUCGCUGAAUAUGGCGGAAAAAGCCAAGUGGGACGCCUGGAAUGGGAGAAAAGGAAUGAGUAAAGAAGAUGCGAUGAAGCAGUAUGUGGAGGAAGCUGAAAAGCUCAAAGGAAAAUAUGGACUAAAAGAUUCGUCUGUCUGAUUCAUUGACACACCGUGUAACAAGUUAUAUGUGAAAGCAUGAACUUGUAGUGUUGCCUGCCAACUACAUAGUACACUGAUCCACUUCAGUAAUUGAAUCAGAGCACAAUCAUUUGCAAA